UGUAGAAACCCGUGGGGUUGAUCGAACGACACGGUCUAUCACUUGACAUGUCUUGGGAGCCUGGAGGUGAGGCAAAGUCAACAUGCUGUUUGUUCUUCCACAGGCAACUUGUAUGUGAAUUCAAUGACGAUGAUCUGAAUCUGAUACUAAACUCGAUGGCCCUUCACCCGUGCAGUUCAGUUUGCCACCCACAAUGCAGACAUGACAGCCUCCUAAUCAAGCUCAUCCAGCGAUGCCUCUUGGGUUGAGUGGAUUCUGUUGCAAGUCAUCACGAUCACACAUGAGAAUGAUUCUUGCUGUCUGCUGGUUGGGCUGUGCAGUUGCUUCAACCUCUUUCCCUAUAUAAAGAGGAAAGCCAGAGCUGGGAAGACACAAUUGCAGAAACUUGACUUCUAUUCCAUCCUCCAGCGAAAACAGGCUUCAUAACUUUCCCUUCCCUUCCAAGCAUGGCCUUCCACCUGAGAUCCGCGAGUGUGCCCUCAAGCCCUCGCUCCAACGGAACCAAUGUCGAGGAACAGAUCCAGAGCCUGACGACGGCUGUCUCUUCUCCCUCUGCGAACAUCGAAACCAUAGUUGAUGGUCUGUCCAAGCUUGGGAGCAUCUACAGCUGCAUCGAUGAGCUCAUUUGCUUUCCCAGCAGCAAGUGUCAACAGAGGAAGGCAGUGGAGGAGGAGCUUGAGCGAUCUCUCGUCUUGCUUGACCUCUGCAGUGCCAUGCAAGAAAGCUUCGCAGAGCUCAGGACAAGCGUCCAAGAGAUGCAAUUGGGUCUCAAGAGAGGAGACGAUGUGGCUGUUCAGGCCAAGGCUCAGUGUUAUGCCCGUCUGGUCAAGAAGGCGCAGAAGCAGCUCAAGAAGAUCAACAGCAAGGUUGUUCUUGACACUGAUAGCUGCAGAGUGGUCAAGCUAUUGUCUGAAGCAAGAGAGAUUGCUCUAUCAAUGCUGGAAUCGACGUUGUACCUCCUAUCAAAGGAGAUCCUGAUGCCGAGUGCUAGCAAAUGGUCUCUUGUGUCCAAGGCAUUCCAGAAGAAGAGAAUCGCGUGCAAGGAGGAGCAAUUGCAGGUUUUGGAGUUGGGGAUUGUUGAUCUUGAGAGCGAACUCCAGAUUGUGUUCAGGAGACUGAUCCAAUGCAGGGUCUCGCUUCUCAACACUCUUAGCCUGUAGAAAGAUCAUACACCAACUCAGGUUCCCUGCGAUUAGCAUCCGCCUUUUAGAGGAUUGGCUGAUCAUCCAAACAAUUUUGAUGUAUAUAUGAGACAAAAUGUA